AUGAUACGAAAUAUCCGGUUUAGAGCUCCGACGAAUCACCCUGGUUCCGCCAUCCAAACCGACCAUACUCGCUGGUUGAUCCGGUUUCCGACAAGAUGCUCACCACCAGAUGUUAGCCAGUACACCAUUCUUGGCUUGACCCCUUUUGCCUCCCAAGCUGAAGUCAAACGUGCCUUCAAACGUCUCGCUCUUAAGUACCAUCCAGAUGUGCAUAAGGGACAGGAGAAAGAUUUCAAGGAGAUUAAAUCCGCUUACGAGUGUCUGAUGCAAAAGUUUGAGAAACAAGAAGAAGAACAAGAACAAGAAGAGAUUACAGAGAUGGGUGAAACAGAAGAGUGGGAGGAAUGGAUGGGAUUCGAAGGAGGGAUUCCAACAGCGGUUCACACUUCAUCUUUCUAG